UGCAGGAGGAGGAUGAGAAUUGUAGUCCAACAGCAUUGGGGGACCCAAGGCCAAAAACCCCUGCCUUAGAGUGAGAGUAGGGAUUGUGUGCCCUCAGAGGAUUUGAAACUCAGGAUUUCUGCGAGAGAUGGGGCUACCUGGGAAACAAGGGCCGAAAGGAGAACAAGGAGAGCCGGCAGACCUUUCGACCCUCUGCCACAAUGGGCCAAGGAACUGCAAGGAGCUAUUGAGCAAAGGGGAGAUUUUGAGCGGGUGGCACACCAUCUAUCUGCCCGACUGCCAGCCACUGCGGGUCUUCUGUGACAUGGACACUGACGGAGGCGGCUGGCUGGUGUUUCAGAAACGAAUGGAUGGAUCUGUGGAUUUCUACCGCACUUGGGACACCUACAAGAAAGGCUUUGGGAGCCAACUGUCAGAAUUCUGGUUGGGCAAUGAAAACAUUCAUCUUCUCACGCGAGAAGGGGAGCACCAGCUCCGUGUGGACUUGGUGGACUUUGAUGACCGUAAGACCUUUGCUCUUUAUCAGUCUUUCCAGCUCCAGGGAGAAGAUGACAAGUUCCGGCUUGUUCUGGGAGCCUACCUGGCUGGCUCUGCAGGUGACUCCAUGACUGCCCAUAAUGGGCAGUUUUUUUCUACCUACGACAACGACAACGACAGUGGGACGCAGAACUGUGCUGUCACUGUGCAUGGCGCCUGGUGGUAUUCAAACUGCUAUUCUUCCAACUUGAAUGGGGGCUACCCAAUUGGGGAUCGGAAAGGACAGACAUAUGGCAUAGACUGGAGAACUGGCAAGGGAAUUGGCAUCUCCUACAAGCACACCGAGAUGAAGAUACGCUAAACAGAUGCCAUCUGGGGCCUAUGGAAAGGGUGGGGUAAAGAGAAUUAAGUGAAUAAAAAAGCAGGUGUGGUGUGUGCAUUAUCUUUA